AUGCGUCGAUUUUCAGCUGAAUUUGGCGAUUCUCUUAAUCCCUUUGAAGUGAUGGAUCGAAAAAAGGAACUUCUGAAGUUCUUCCAAAUUUCUUCGGAAAACGAUAUCAUCAAUCGAUAUCCGUGUUUGGGCGAGACCCUCGCACACAACAUCAUUCUUAAACGCCGAAAAAUUCCGUUGAAACGCCUUAAGGAUGUCUGGAAUCUGGAAGAUAUUCGUGCGCAAUUACUUUCGGAAUGCGGGUCGGUUAUCGAUGAUAGUAUUAGAUCAGAACCAGAAAUAACUGAAUUUCCAAACAGAGCUGUCUCAAUUAUCGUCACAAAUCCAACGAAUUAUACACCCUGUGGACCUCCUCCCCCUUUACCAUCAAUGGUUCCAUCGCAGUUGAAUCCCUACAAUCCAACGUCCGGACAAAUCCCUGAUCCCUCUGCACCUCCACCUCCACCCCAAUUACCUCCUGCUGAUAACGCCGUGAUGGAACUAUUCGAUGUCUUGAAUGGAACCGGUCUUGUUGAUCGUUGGAAGGAGUAUCUUGCUAGCGAUCAACUUCUCAAUGUCAGUGAUUCUCUUCCAUCUAAUACCUAUCGGUUGGCAACCUGGAAUCUGGAUCGUCUAUCAGUUGCAAAGGCUAAACAUCCGGGCAUUCGGGAAGCCAUUUGUCUAACAAUCCUCGCUUAUCAAUUUGAUCUUAUUGCUUUUCAGGAAGUGGUUGAGCCCGAGGCUGUGCAAAUGCUUGCAGAUGAGUUGAAUUCACCCAAGCUGCCAAUGGUAAAACGAUGGAUGUCAGUAAAUCAAGUAAAGCGGGGCAUGUUUACUGGAUUUUCAUCAGCGGAAAAGACUGGACGCACGUUCCAAUCUGCUGAGUAUUCCUCUUUUCUCUAUCGUUAUGAUAGAAUAAAGGCUAUUUCAUCGAGAAUUUUGGAAAUUGCGGAUGACAAUGGGCGACCGUUUUCUCGAUUACCUUUCAUGAGCAAGUUCAAGAUUGGCUCAAAUACGUUGAUUUUGACCUCUGUUCACCUGAAGGCACCGGCACUCCAUGAAAGCAAAUCAUCCAAAAACGCCGAGGAGAUAAAUUGUCUGACAGACUUCAUCGAUGCCAUGAACGAUACUUUUGCCAGUGAAGGUUUUUCGCAAAUUUUAACGUUUACGCGAGCCUUUUAG